UUACAAGUACAUCGGUUAUUUUAAAUAAAGCAAACUUAAUAAGCAGAACUCAUUUACAAGAGGAGGUUGCAUACUCCAUUUCAAUAGUUUUAUUCUCAUUUCUAAAUAUAUCACGUGAUGUUCUACAAAAUAAUAAUUAUCAUCGUUACUGUGCAGCAAAUUUUAAAAGAUGUGUCAUGCAGGGACUGCAGUGACUGUAAAGACAUCACCAAGUGUCCACCCGCCUUGUUUCUGAUUAAAUACAAAAGAGAUGCUGAUUCCCAGAAGAUUAUUACGAACGCUUUCUGUGGCUACAAUCAAGCUGAAGAAAAGUAUCAGGUCUGCUGUUCCGAUUUUGGCACAAUGGAAAACUUAAUUGUCAAGUCUGGAAUAGAACCGCAGGACACACAAAAUAAAAUCAUUGAUAAAAAGUCGUUGUUACCAGAAUCAUGCGGUGAUAUAAACGGCGACCGAAUUGUUGGAGGCAGCGUCGCAGGCCUCUAUGAAUUCCCUUGGAUGGCCCUUCUUUCUUAUUUUGAUAAAGGAACAACAACGAAUUAUACGGGGUUUGAAUGCGGUGGCAGUGUAAUAAACUCCAGGUAUAUUCUGACUGCCGCUCACUGUAUAAACAACAGACUGAUUGGUGUGCGUCUCGGAGAAUAUGAUAUAAGUACCAAAGAAGACUGUUAUCAGAAUAUGUGCGAGACUCAUAUACAGGAUGUUGGCGUUGAAAAAACAAUUGUACACGAGAAAUGGAACAGUGCACGGAAAAUUAAUGAUAUUGCUUUGAUACGUGUAGACGAAGACAUCGACCUAUCGUCUUCUAAUGUUCAACCCAUCUGUCUACCAAUAUAUCCAAAUUUACAAACCAAAAAUUUGAUUGGUGAGCGAGCUACCGUAAGCGGCUGGGGAAAAUUUGAAGCAGAAGAAGCUUCUGCUGUCUUAUUGAAAGUUACCGUACCUAUCGCAUCCUGCAAGGAAGGAUAUAGAACACACAUCUGCGCUGGUGAAAAGUACAGAGAUAGCUGCAGUGGAGACUCAGGGGGACCACUAGUUUUAGAAGAAAGCUAUGGCGAUUCAAUUAGUAUGGUUCAAUUCGGUAUAGUAUCCUAUGGAUCCCGAAUAUGCGGCGGAACCACUAAAGCAAUAUACACCGAUGUUAGACAAUACGUUGACUGGAUUCUCGAAAAAAUAGAACCGUGAUUAAUUAGGGAACGUUAACGUGAGAUAACUGAAAAAAAAAUAUUGAUUUUCAUACAGAUGUCAAAUUGUAGUUUAUCUCAUUAAAGGCACGCUUAAAGAAAUAUCGACACAAAUAAUAAGAAAGAUAAGUACUAAAAGUUUCACAAAAUGAUUCUGUUGAAAAAUACCUCGUAAUUACGUAUUAUUAAAAUAUUUUUAGUUA